AUGAGUAAAAACCUAACGGACCGUGAAUUAGUCGAGUUAAUCGAUGCAGACAUGUCGGAUUUCAGUGGUUUAGAAGACAGUGAUGUUGACGAAAAUGUGGAAGAAAUUGAUAAAUCACUAGCCGAGUUUGACGAAGAAGAGGAUUUCGUUUUAUCCGAUUCGGAAGACAUUGAGGAAAAUGGUAACGUUGACUCUAUUAGUAAUUCGAAAUAUUUCACUUUACAAAAAAACCAAAUUAAAUGGCAGCAAAAACCAUUUACCCCACCUACAAUUAAUUUAAAUGAUUUAAAUGAAGCCGAACCACCAACCUAUUUGUAUGAUCCUAUAUAUUAUUUUUCAAAAUACUUUGAUGAUAAAGAAUUUGAUAAAAUGGCCUAUUUUACUAAUUUAUACGCUACUCAACAAAAUUCCACACGAUUCAAACCUACUACUUCGUCUGAAAUUAGAGACUUUAUUGCAAUACAUAUGGUUAUGGGUGCUUUGAAGAUGCCUAGAGUACGCAUGUAUUGGGAAAAAGAUACCUAUAUAAAUUUAGUUGCCGAAACUAUGCCCAGAAACCGAUUUUUUAGUCUUCGUACACAUUUUCACGUUGUAGACAAUAUGGAGAUUCCGAAAAACAACAAUGAUAAAUUUUUUAAAAUUCGUCCUCUUUUUGAAAUAAUUAAAAAAAGAUGUUCAGAAAUACCAGUAGAGAGAAACUUAUCGGUUGAUGAACAAAUGAUUCCAUUCAAGGGACAUUUAUCGAUAAAGCAGUAUAUUCGAGGUAAACCAAAUCCUUGGGGAAUAAAAACAUACCUAUUAUGCGGCCAAAGUGGCUUAGUAUAUAAUUUAAUUUUAUACCAAGGAAAUAUGAUCGAAGUCGACGAUGAUUUAAAAAAAACUUUUGGUGUAGGUGGUGCAGUUGUUAUAAGUUUAACGGAAAAUCUGAAGCCAAAUUGUCAUUAUUUGACUAUGGACAAUUUUUUUACAUCGUUCAAUUUAUUUUACACUUUGCAAAAAAAACAAAUUUACGCAACUGGUACAAUACGUACGAAUCGUUUCAACAAUCCACCAUUUUUGUCGGAUAAAGAAAUGAAAAAAAUGGGUAGGGGGACAACAUUUGAAAUAAGUUCAGACAUUCCUGACGUAAAUUUAGGACUAGUAAAAUGGUAUGACAAUAAACCCAUAAAUUUAUGUUCAAAUGUUGUGGCCUCAGGAAAAGUUGAUACAAUAAAAAGGUGGGACAGAAUAAACAAAAAAUAUGUCUACAUCGACCAACCGGAAAUAGUAGGUCAUUAUAAUAAUACGAUGGGUGGUGUAGAUAAACAUGAUCAGCUCGUAAGCUUAUAUCGAUGUUUCAUAAAAUCAAAAAAAUGGACACUCAGAAUGGUUAGCCACGCGUUUGAAAUGGCAGUAAGUAACUCGUGGUUAGAGUACGUCAAUGACGCAAAACAAUUAAAAAUCAAAAAGAAAGAUACAUUAGAUUUACUUGGAUUUAGGAUGAGAUUGGCUAAAGAAUUGAUACUUUUGGGAAAAACUGUAAUUACGCCUUCGAGAAAAGUAGGACGCCCGUCGUCACGCAUAUCCCCGAAUCUUCAAGAAAAAUUAUUUUCACCGCUUGAAAAAAAAAAAAAAUAG